AUGGCUGUCUGCAGCCCUGGUGUCCCGGUGGGCCACACCGCCACCCCCCGGAGCUGGACCCUGGACCCCUCUGGAGAUUGGUACUACUGGUGGAUCAGCAUCAUGGCGCUGCCCGUCUUCUACAACUGGAUUGUCCUCAUCUGCAGGUCCUGCUUCCCCGACCUGCAGGAGCAGCACAUGGUGCUGUGGCUAAGCCUGGACUACCUCUGCGACGUGCUCUACCUGCUGGACAUCGCCGUGCGCCUCCACACCGGCUUCCUGGAGGAUGGCAUCCUGGUGCGGGACCGUGGCCGUAUCCGGCAGCGCUACCUGAGCUCCCCGUCCUUCCCCUGGGACCUGGUCGCGGUGCUGCCCACCGACCUGCUCUACCUGCGCCUGGGGCCGGGGGUGCCAGCGGUGCGCGCCAACCGCUGCCUGCGGGCGCCGCGGCUCUUCGAGGCCUUCGACCGCCGGGAGACACGCACGGCCCACCCCAACGCCUUCCGCAUCGCCAAGCUGAUGCUUUACGUCUUCAUCACCAUCCACUGGCACAGCUGCCUCUACUUCGCCCUCUCAUCCUGGCUGGGGCUGGGCACGGAUGCCUGGGUCUGCCCCAACGCCAGCCGCCCUGGCUUCGCCCACCCGCUGCGGCAGUACCUCCACAGCUUCUACUUCUCCACCCUCAUCCUCGCCACUGUGGGCGACACACCGGAGCCCCGGCGCGAGGAGGAGUUCCUCUUCAUCACCGCCGGCUUCCUCCUGGCCGUGCUGGGCUUUGCCACCAUCACGGGCAGCAUCAGCUCCGUCAUCUCCAACAGGAACGCAGCCGAUGCCGCCUUCUACCCUGACCCUGAGCCGGUGCGACGCUACCUGCGGGCGCAGGGCGUGGGCGGGCGGCUGUCGCAGCGGGUGGCUGACUGGCACCAGCACCUGCGGGCGCAGCAGAAGCUGCCGGCGGAGCGGUUGGUGCUGCGGCACCUGCCGCGGGGGCUACGGGCCGAUGUGGCAGCCAGCGUCCACCUGCCGGCCCUGCGCCGCGUCGGCCUCUUCCAGAGCUGGGAGCAUGGCGUGCUGCAGCAGCUGGUGCUGCGGCUGCAGCCCCAGGUCUUCGGCCCCGGUGAGUUUGUCUGCCGCAGGGGCGACGUGGGGCGUGAGAUGUACUUCAUCCGCGAGGGGCGGCUGGCCGUGGUGGCGGAGGACGGCGUCACGCAGCUCGCCAUCCUGGGCGAGGGGCUCUACUUCGGAGAGAUCAGCCUCAUCAACAUCAAAGGGAACACCUCGGGGAACCGGCGCACAGCCAACAUCAUGAGCAUCGGCUACUCGGACCUCUUCUGCCUCUCCAAGGAGGACCUGGCAGAGGUGCUGGUCGAGUUCCCCAGCGCCCGGGCCAUGAUGGAGGCCAAGGGCCGCGAGCUCCUGCUGCGCAUGGGCAAGCUGGACGUGCACGCCGAGGCGGUGGCAGCGGCAAUGGCAGAGGAGGCCGAGCAGCGGGUGCAGGCACUGGAGACGGCCCUGGAGGGGCUGCAGACCCGGGCGGCCCGGCUGCUGGCCCAGCUGGAGUCCAGCGCCUUCAAGCUGGCGCUGCGUGUCGAGCGCCUCGAGUGCCGGCUCCGGCGGCGGCAGCCUGCCGGGGGAGCGGGUCCUGCCAGGGCAGAGGGUCCCACCAUGGCGCAGAAUCCCAGUGGGGUGCAGGGUCCCAGUGGGGUGCAGGGUCCCACCAGAGUGCAGGGUCGCAGCAGGGUGCAGGGUCCCACGAUGCCGCAGGGUCCUGCCCGGGGACCAGAUCCUGCUGGGGGAUGGGGUCCCACUGUGGCACAGGGUGACAGUGGGGUGCAGGGUCCCCCCAGGAUACAGGGUCCCCCCACGGCACGGGGUCCCCCCAGGGUGCGGGGUGCGGGGGUGACAGGCCCCCGGCGAUGAGCGUUACCUGGGGGCAGCCUGUGGCCUGCCCGGGGC